AUGUCCAGCCUGGCGGCGCCGCCCCGCCUCCUCCUCCUCGCGGGCCGGGGUCUUCCGGGAGUCCGGCCGCGGCGCUCCAUCAUCGACAUGUCCUACUCGGCUCACUUCAUGGAUUUUAAAGGCGCCUCCAUCGCGAGCACCAUGAAGAAGCUGGUCGUCACCGAGCUCAGCCCCCGGUUCCGAGAGGCCGUCUCCGUCCGCACCGUGUCGGUUCCGACGCCGGGAGACGCCGAGCUGCUCGUCAGGAAUCGUUUUGUGGGGAUCAACGCCUCUGACAUUAAUUACUCCGCAGGCCGGUACGACCCCUCCGUGAAGCCUCCCUUUGACGCUGGUUUUGAGGGAAUCGGCGAGGUCGUCGGCCUCGGACUCAGCGCCAGCUCACGCUACGCUGUUGGAGACGUCGUGGCCUACUUUGGCAGCGGUGCGUUCGCAGAGUACACGGUGGUUCCAGCCAAAGAAAGCGUUCCUGUUCCCUCGGUGAAGCCGGAGUUCCUCACCCUGCUGGUGAGCGGUGCCACGGCCUGCAUUGCCUUGAAGCGUCUGGGUGACCUGGCCAAAGGCGAGACCGUCCUGGUCACGGCCGCGGCGGGAGGAACGGGGCAGUUCGCCGUGCAGUUCGCCAAACGAGCUGGCUGCCACGUGAUCGGGACUUGUUCCUCUGACGAGAAGGUCGGCUUCCUUAAAUCCAUCGGGUGCGACAGACCGAUCAACUACACCACGGAAGAUCUCGGUGCAACGCUGAGGAAGGAGUACCCAGCAGGCCUAGACGUGGUGUACGAGUCAGUCGGAGGCAGCAUCUUGGAACUGGCAGUGAACAGUCUGGCUAAUAAAGGCCGGCUGAUCGUGAUCGGCUUUAUUUCAGGCUAUCAGAGCGCGUCGGGGAUCCCACCCUUCAGAGGAGGAACUCUGCCCGUCAAACUGCUCCAGAAGUCGGCCAGCAUCCGGGGUUUCUUCCUGCCCCACUUCCUCAGCGACUACAGGGAGGCUCUGAGCAGCAUGAUGCAGAUGUUCGCCAAAGGGGAGCUGGUGUGUGAGGUGGACUGUGGGGAGACGUCAGAGGAGGGGAGGUUUGUGGGCCUGGACUCUGUUUUCAGAGCUGUGGACUACAUGUAUGCUGGGAAGAACCGGGGGAAGGUAGUCGUAGAAGUGACUCCUCCUGCAAGUCAUAGCAAGCUGUGAUUGAACUGAACUACCAGGGCGGCUUUAUUGUCUUAAAGUCUCAACAACAAGCAAUAAGACGGAUUAUUUAAUGAAUAGACAAACUGAAAAUUGUUUUAUAAAAUGAUUGUUUUUGUGAGAUUUUUUUAAGAACUUCU